AGCACGGCCAAAUCGCCGCUCGUCAACGGUACUGUUAUUUCCUCUCCACUCUCCUCCCUGCGUCAUUAACUAUAUCCCCUCCUCUUCCCUUCCACCAUCUCGUCUCUUUCGCGUUCUCCAAUCCAAGGGGGGAGAUUGCCGAAGCUUCUGUCCCCUUGGGCAUCGCGGAAUCUUGGCGGGAGGAGAAAAGACAGCCCCUUUUCAUCAUUCGAGGACUGAAAUCAGAGAAUGGCGCAACAAGCUCAAGUGCCUCAGUUCGGCAACUGGGAAACUGCUCAAGAUGUCCCUCACACACAAUGCUUCAAUCAUGCCCGGAGGAGAAAGAGUGGAAGAAAUGCCACCAAUCCGAUUGAUCCUAAUGAAAGCUCAGAAGCUCAUGCUAAAGCUACAUCAUCACCGGACCGUGCAGCUCCAUCUAUAACUGAGUCCAUUGCUGAUACCACAAAACCCAAGGAUGCAAAUCCUUUGAAGACUAAUGGUGGUAAUUUUCGUCGAAUCGCAACACCCCCUGUGCGCAAAUCCCCUGCAAAUCGAGCAAUUUUUGGUGAGAACCAGAAGAGGUUUCAGGGUAGAAUAGCAUCAGAAGUCACUCCAGGAAGAAUCAGAAGAAACCUCUGCGAUCGAGCAAAUGCAACACCUGACCAUUAUGUAUUUGUGCCACCUUUCGCGGGAUGGGAUGAGAACGAUCCAGCAUCAGGCCAGAAGUAUACUGAAGUCUUCAACAAAGUAGCUGAUCAAAGAACUCCUGGAACUCCAUUUAAGCCAUCGCAACCGAGUUCUCUGAAGCAGAAAAGCACUGAACCUAAGGGCUGUGGGUGCCUAAGCUGGAUCUUUUGAGCUGAAGACUUCCUACCCUGGUGAGCAUUUUUGGAGGUGCAUGCAGAAUUCUCCAGAUAAGGAAUGUCCAAUGGAGAUGGAUGUGUUCUCAAUAUGUGUCUGUUUAGCAUCUUAUCAUAAUGUCAUUGCAUGUUUGUA